GGCUCCCCAGGCAGGGCUCUGCGCUCUCGUGUCCGCUCGGCGGCUGCCUCCCUCAGACCGGGCCGGCGGGACGUGCCCGAGCCGAGCCGCGGGGCCCGCUCCGGCCCGGCCAUGAGCGCGGCCGCAUGAUGCGUCCCUGCCUCGGCCGCUGCAGUCGCCGCCGCCGCCGCCGCAGGCCGGGAGGAGCCGCAGCGCCGGGCGACCCCGCCCGGGCCUCGGCCAAGGUUCAUCCCUCCCGAGGCGUCAUUGCUGCUGGAACUAAGUCUCUCUGCUGUUGGACCGACACACUUUGCUAGCUUACCAGUAACCAACUCAUGCUUCCUUUCGUGACCAGUUGUGCAGUGAGUCUGCUUAGUGUCUGUCCGUGCUGCUCAUAAUGCGUUUUCUAACACCAAGUGCUCUGGGAGGCGGUGUAUCUUAACGGAAGAGCAUGGGCUUUGGAGUCAGAACGGUCCCACGUCCACCCUUCACUGGCUGUGAGCUCGGGCAGGUUACUGUAGCUGUAAGGCUGCAUCUGUUCUUGCCUGAAGUGAGCUCAUAUUAGGGCCUUGCUCUUAGGCUAGCGGCCGGCUUCAAGAUCCCGUCACAUAGGACACUAUGCACGUUCACAUCCUGAAGAAAAGGCGCAAAAUGUUCAAGUAAUGCUUCGAGCUCGUUUGUGAGGGUGCCCGGGGACACCAUGCCGUCAUCAGGACACCGGCUCCGGGAUGUCGAGCAUCAUCCUCUCCUGGCCGAAAAUGACAAUUACGACUCUUCGUCGUCCUCUUCCUCCGAGGCUGACGUGGCCGACAGGGUCUGGUUCAUCCGCGACGGCUGCGGCAUGAUCUGUGCCGUCAUGACGUGGCUCCUGGUCGUCUAUGCGGACUUUGUGGUGACUUUCGUCAUGCUGCUGCCUUCCAAAGACUUCUGGUACUCUGUGGUCAACGGAGUCCUUUUUAACUGCCUAGCGGUGCUGGCCCUGUCGUCCCACCUGAGAACCAUGCUCACAGACCCCGGGGCAGUGCCCAAAGGAAAUGCCACUAAGGAGCACGUGGAGAGUCUGCAGCUGAAACCCGGGGAGGUGAUCUACAAGUGUCCCAAGUGCUGCUGCAUCAAGCCUGAGCGUGCCCAUCACUGCAGUAUUUGCAAAAGAUGUAUUCGGAAGAUGGAUCAUCACUGCCCGUGGGUGAACAACUGCGUGGGAGAAAAGAACCAGAGGUUUUUCGUGCUCUUCACUAUGUACAUAGCUCUGUCCUCAGUCCACGCUCUGAUCCUCUGUGGCCUCCAGUUCAUUUCCUGUGUCCGAGGGCAGUGGACCGAAUGCAGUGACUUCUCGCCUCCGGUGACUGUAAUCCUGUUGAUCCUCCUGUGCCUUGAGGGUCUUCUGUUUUUCACGUUCACCGCGGUUAUGUUUGGUACCCAGAUUCACUCCAUAUGCAAUGACGAAACGGAGAUCGAGAGGCUGAAGAGUGAGAAGCCGACGUGGGAGCGGAGGCUGAGAUGGGAGGGGAUGCGGUCUGUCUUCGGGGGGCCCCCCUCGCUCCUCUGGAUGAACCCCUUCGUCGGCUUCCGGUUGGGGCGGCCGCAGACCAGACCCAGGAAAGGAGGCCCAGAGUUCUCCGUCUGAGGCCCGUCGGCGGACGCGAAGGGAUUCAGUCGAGUCCGGAAGGGCGGCUGCAGCUCACCUGUGACCAGUAGGGCGAACGGAACCGACAGACCAGUUGCCUGCAGCAAGCAGUUUUAUGUUUGUAGUCACAGAUCGCAGACUGCCCACGUCAGCGACCGGGGGCCGGUUUCCGCCGGCACGACUAACAGAAGGUACGUGGCCGCGUGAAGAAGUGUCACGACCUUCCUGCACACUUAGGGUUCUGGUUCGGGACACUGCAUUUUCUCAGAGGUUGUGUGGGGUGAUUAAAAUCCUGUGUCCUCAAGCUGCUUUUUUCAGUCAUGAAGAGAAAAAAAAGUCAAUCCAGUGAAUGAGAAUUCUCCAGCUUAACGGUUUCAGGGCGUUCCUGUUGGCCCUGGGAUUCAUUAGUGCGCGCCCUUGAUCGAGGAGGGGCCCUGACACAGAAAACACUUUGGUCUCGAUGAGCUUCGAUACUUUGCACUGAGUUUGCAAACGAUCUGUGCACUGAACGGUGAAGGUGGCCUUCGGCACGCGCCCACUGCCCCGAAGAGGCCGCUUCGACCCUGUCGGCAGGUCUGCGUGUGUGUGCGCGCGUGUGCUUGAGAUGGGCGGUGUUGUUGCGGCGACCUCACAGGUAACAGCUGCGUGCAGCCGGCGAGCUGCUUUCCAGAAUCCGAG